AUGCACGAGAGUCAGCAGCGGCAGAGCGGCGGCAGGCCGUACAGAUCUCACCUGCGGCCGGCGUGUGUGCCGUGCCGCCGCAGAAAGUCGCGAUGCCAGACCGCAGGCGAUGCUGCCGUCUGCCUGACCUGCCGUGCCCAUCAGACCGAAUGCUACUUUCCCGGCGACUCGCGGGAAUCUGCAUCUUCGGAACCUGCCCGCCGACGCCGCCGUGUGGAAGCCCGGCCCUCGUCUUCUGAGCCUUCCGGAGCGAGCCCCCUGAGGGUUGCACAGGCCGCGGCAUCAUUCCGCGAGGGCUCCAAGGCCAAUACAUCUGCGCCUGUGGUUGGGCCAGUGCCGAAUAUUCCUCCGAGACCUAUCGCCGGCAUGUCGAGAACCGGUCAAACCUAUCACGACCCCGAGGAAGAGUCAACGCUGGCACUGGGCUCCGACGAUGACCAGCACCUCAAUCUACACAUAGUAGGACCUGCUGCUACGAACGACAGCCAGGUGUUGUCCACAUAUCUCUCGGGUAUCCCCGGUGCAACCCGGAGUACGCGGAUGAUUAUCCCGGAGCCCGCAAGCUGUUCGCGGCCAGUGCUGUUUACCGAGGUUCAGAAGAGGCCGUUCGGCGUCAAGUUGAAUCGUAGCCCUUCAGCUGAGAAGCUGGAGAUCAUUGAGAAACUCCUGGAGCCUCAUAACGAGGCUGUUAUUGACGAAUACUUCAGAAAAGUGAAUGUGUGCCUUCCGCUGUUGGAUGAAGCCUCAUUCCGCCGUCAAUACCAGGAAGAUAAGACGCGGAUCUCGCCGGCGCUCAUGGCCUGCCUGUACGCGCAUACGAUUGUGUAUUGGCAGAGCUCGCCUAUUCUGAGCCGCUACAGGUGCCCAGAGAGCCGCUUCAUCUGGAACCUUGCCAACGAGGCAGUAUAUUCCGAGCUCCAUCUAUCACCUGGCAUGUCUAUCAUCAAAGCGAUCGUGCUGAAUGUAGGCGGACGCCCUACUACCUCUCUGAUAGGCAACGGGGUGUUACUAGGGUCUGCAGUUUCAAUGGCACAUUCUCUAGGGCUGAAUCACAAUCCUCUCCCGUGGAAGAUUCCGCAGCAGGAAAAGUAUCUUCGCAUGAAGAUUUGGUGGGCGCUGUUGGUCCAUGACAGAUGGACAAGCCUGGCGCACGGCACGCCGCCUCACAUCCAGAGAUCACAGUACGAUGUGCCUCCGCCGACUCUGGAGUAUCUUGGCGAGACUCUGACAGAGACCAACAACCCACGGUCUGAGCUGAGAGCCAACGUCUUUAUCUCGCUGGUAACGCUGAGCGAAGUAUUGGGCCGGUUUUUGCAAUAUGUGUACUGCGUUGGGCGAGAUAAGCCGACGACCACCGAUCUCGAGCAUGCAUUGCAUCAAUGGAUUGAGACGCUGGAGGGCCCCUGUCGUCGGAUUGUCCUCCGCGGGUCUCAUCUGGACGUCACCGGGGCAGCAAACCUUCGCCUGGCAUUCCUGACUGCUAAACUGCUUCUGCAGCGGAUACAGCUCGAGGCCGAGAAGCAAGGAGACUGCGUCAACGAAGAGGGUGUAAUGAACCGCUAUUCGGAAGCACGCAUGACUUCCGAGGAGAUUCUCAUGCUCAUCCAGGACCUCCAGCCGGAGAAUCUCGGUGACUUCUGGAUGUCCGUGAGCGCCUUUUCCUUCCCGGCCGCCGUCAACUUUUUGCUACGAUGCGCGCUGGAGACGGAGAAUUCUCCCGAAGGCCUCGCCCAGAGCCCCUCGUUCAAAAUCGCCCGCGAUCUCAUCACCACGCUCCGCUCGCACCAGGAGCAGCACAGGUGGGAUCUGGGCGACGUCUGCCUUGCCCAGCACGCCGAGAUUGUAGACAAGAUGCUCACGGGCGCGGUGCCGGACGAGCAGGGCGGCAACAAUAGCAGCUUGGACCUGCAGGACUUUGACGUAUCGAUCCUGGACCACAUCUUCCCAAGUGUAUGGGACCCUUUGCAGAAUGCUUGGUAG